CUUUGUGAUCUUUCGUGAAAACGACAUAAACCAUCGCGAGAUGAAUUCCACUUCCUCUUCGCUCGGAACCUGCUUCCAAGAUGUCUUUGGUCAUCCCCGAGAAGUUCCAGCACAUUCUUCGUGUUCUCAACACGAACAUCGAUGGUCGGAGGAAGAUUGCCUUCGCCAUCACUGCCAUUAAGGGUGUUGGCAGACGCUACGCUCACGUGGUCCUGAGGAAGGCUGAUAUCGACCUCAACAAAAGGGCUGGGGAGCUGACUGAUGAUGAGGUGGAGAGAGUCGUGACCAUCAUGCAGAACCCUCGCCAGUACAAAAUCCCUGACUGGUUCCUCAACAGACAGAAGGACGUCAAGGAUGGCAAGUACAGCCAGGUCCUUGCUAACGGUCUGGACAACAAGCUGAGAGAAGAUCUUGAGAGGCUGAAGAAGAUCCGAGCCCACCGUGGGCUCAGGCACUUCUGGGGUCUGCGCGUGCGCGGUCAGCACACAAAGACCACCGGUCGCCGUGGUCGCACCGUGGGUGUGUCCAAGAAGAAGUAAACCGUUUCCCUGCUCCCCUUUGUGUCAAUAAAAACGCCACAGUUCACAA